AUGGAAUUCAAAUUCACUUGGAUCAUUGUCCAAUUGCUUGUCGCAUUUCAGGUCUCCUCAACUUUCGGCUUCGAGCAUGUGAUCCCAAGGGGUCUCAACAAUAAACCGACCCGGGUCAUCGGCGGUGUAACGGUCAUUGACACACUUCUCGUGCGCGCCGCCCAAGCUUUUGCCCGAGAGAACAGCGAAGCCUAUCUCUACAACCAUGUAAUGCGAACCUGGCUUUUCGGCGCUCUGAUUAUCAGCCACAACACCACGCUCCAGCAUAGUGUUGACCUAGAGGUUCAUGCUAUUGGCUCUAUCUUACAUGAUCUCGGUCUCGUACUGAACGCCACCUGGAUUAGCCACGAUCUCCGCUUUGAAGUCGACAGCUCCAACAGAGCUACUCAGUUUGUUGAAGAAACAGCCAAGCACCACGGAACCAGCUCUGCCUGGGAUGCAAACCGGCUUCAGUUGCUGUAUGAUGCGAUACUGUUGAGCUCGGAGCCCAAGUUCUCAUUAUACAAGCAGGCGACUGUGAAGGUAUUGGUGGAGGGAGUCUUGCUUGAUCUGGGAAAGCCGGACUAUGGAGUCACGGCUGCUGAGUAUCAGGGCGUCGAGGCGGCAUUUCCUCCACUAAACUUCAUCACGGGUGUCAAUCACACCUUGGUUCAACUUUGUGUGCAAAAGCCGAGCACAACUUAUGAUUCGUGGCAGCAGGCUUUCGGAGAUGCUUAUGUGCCUGGCUAUACCCCAGUCGGUCGUUUCGUUGACAUCUUCAACCCCAAGACGCCCUCCUCUUGA